ACCAAAACCGAAUCGCCACCCAAAGAUCCUGAUAUAUAAGAGCUCAAUCGCUCCACACAUCUACUCUUCUACCACACCACCACAAACCACACUACAAAAAUGCAAUCCAACGCCGGCUGGGACGACGUCGUCAAGGUUGGCUCCCGCGCUGCCUCAACCCGCACCGCAACCGCUCGUACCUCCUCCGCAAUCAACGCAGCCCAACGUGCCGGCACAAUCGUCGGUACCGAGAAAAAAUAUUCUGGCCCCAACUCCGUCGCCGGAACCGAAGGCCAACGCCUCACCAAGAUUGACCGAGAAAACGAGGUAGCACCACCCAAGACUAUCUCCAUGGACCUCGGAAAGACGAUCCAGAAGGCACGGAUGGAUAAGGGGAUGAAGCAGAGUGAGUUGGCACAAAAGGUGAAUGAGAAGCCGAAUGUGAUUAACGAUUAUGAGGCCGCGAGGGCGGUGCCGAACCAGCAGUUGCUUGGGAAGUUGGAGAGGGCUUUGGGUGUUAAGUUGAGAGGAAAGGAUAUUGGACAGCCUUUGGGUGGGCCCAAGAAGCAGUGAGCGACACUUGAAACUUGCGGAGCGAAGCGUCAUUAAAUGAAGCUUGGAGUGCGACGAUAUCGUGGAGGAUUGCCGGAUCACGGGUUUUGGCGAGGCGAUAGUGUAUG